GAAACCCAUCACACGACGUCUUAGACCAGAACUGAAAAAACUGAAGUCCAACAUGUGUCGCACGGUGCACUCGUUGCUCCAAACUGUGAUAUGCAGUGUACAGAUGUUAGUACGCGUGUUCAUGACCACCAUACUAAUGUUGGAGAACCUCAUUCGCAUGAUACUGCAGACGCUGUACAAUUUCAUAUCGUUUAUGCUGCAACUGCUGUCGCUUAUACCGAUAUGCCUAAUCUUCCUUGUGACAGCUAGGCUGAAAUGCUUUAUGUGUGGCGGUGGUGGCGCUUGUCCUGUGAACAGAGGUGGAGCUUGCGACUGCCUGUUGUCCGCUGUCGCUAUCAUUAUAAUGUUCUUCAUAUUCCGAGCUACUGGAAUCCUCGACAAAAUUUUCUUCAGCCUCGGCUAUGAUAAAGCGAGACCGAUAGUUUACACAUUCGUUCCAACGCCAGGCGAUAUCACCGAAUGUUCGAGAAACGAUACCGAUUAUACCGAUGUGUCCAAACCCAAUCUACGGUUUCUUCAAGAUGACGAAUGGACUGAGCUCUACAUCUCGACGUAUCUGGAUGUAACUGAGCAGACCAGCGGAAGUACUGGAGAUUCAGCAGAUAGUAUUACCUUGGGCUAUACCAAUAAAACGUAUGCAAAGUUGUCUGUAAUAGACAAUUCCUCAGAAACAGUUAUUAGUACAGGAGUGCCUUCAGCAGGCUAACCACAUAUAUUAUAGAAGAGCUGGAACCGCACGCGAUACAUUUUUUAUCGACUUCAAAUAACGAGGAGGUUCUCAAAUCGGUUGUAUUUUUUUUUGGUAUGAUUGUUUACUUACUGUUUAGUUGAGUAUUUUAGCUUGC